CAUUUCGAUCGCAUCACCGGGGGGCUUUGCCGAUUCCCCCGGCUUCAGAUUAGAGCAGCGGGUCCCAUUCACAGUGAGUGUGGGUUGGAUUUCCCUUUCCUCGGCCAACUCGUAUCGCGAUCAAUUGUUCGUCCCCACGUGCCAUCCCUUGAGGGCCGGGGACCGUGUCCAGUUCCCACCCGGAUACUCACUGCCAGCGCUUAGGGGCAAUAUUCUGCACACAGAGAGUGCUUAAUAUAUACUCCUCCUGCCGCCCAGCCCGGGGCCCUACCGUGGGGCGGCGGUUAACUCUUGAUGCACUUGCUCUCCCUAACGAUCCACAUCUUCAAAGGAGCGAGCACGGGCCCUCAUAGUGAUCCCUGAUGAGCAUUUUCCCAGUGUUUUCUAAUUUAGGUGCUUCGGUCUGCCUCCGCUUCUCCAGGUACCCGUGAGACUCUGCCCGGGAGCCAGAGGAGGAAAUAAAUAAAACAAAUGCUUGGUUUUAGAACUCUGUCAUGGGAAGUGAGACCGUGGAAAAUAACCAUUAAUGUUCCACGCUUUGGCUUUAGGUAGCGUAGAGCCGAAGCGCUCAGCUAAAAACUGAGGCUUCAGUACCCGUGCGUUAAGGAAGGCUGCUGAGCCCUGCCUUUUGGAAGCUUAGAAGGAAACGCUCUCCGACACUACGACGAGACCCAGGAAGUCAAAAUGCGGCCGAUGCGUAUUUUUGUGAACGACGAUCGCCAUGUCAUGGCCAAGCACUCCGCCGUGUACCCGACCCAGGAGGAGUUGGAGGCUGUGCAGAACAUGGUGUCCCACACGGAGCGGGCACUCAAGGCAGUGUCCGACUGGAUUGAUGAGCAGGAAAAAGUUGGUGGGGACCAGACUGAGUCAGAGGCCAUGGAAGUGACCACUGAGGAAGAAAACAAGGAGGGAGGGGAGCAGAAGACGGAACAUUUAACCAGGACCCUGCGGGGGGUGAUGCGUGUGGGGCUCGUAGCCAAAGGGCUGCUCCUGAAGGGAGAUUUGGAUCUGGAGCUAGUCCUGCUGUGUAAGGAGAAGCCCACAACCACUCUCUUAGACAAAGUAGCUGACAAUCUGGGUGUCCAGCUCACUGCGAUCACAGAAGACAAAUACGAAAUAAUCCAGUCUAUCGGCGAAGCUGCGAUUGUAAUAAAAAACACAAAAGAACCCCAGCUCUCCCUGACCAUCCACUUGACCUCACCCGUGGUACGCGAGGAAAUGGAGAAGCUGACAGCUGGAGAAACGCUAUCAGUCACCGAUCCCCCGGACGUUCUGGACAGGCAGAAAUGCCUUGCUGCCUUGGCGUCCCUUCGACACGCCAAGUGGUUCCAGGCCAGAGCGAAUGGGUUGAAAUCCUGUGUCAUAGUCAUCCGGGUACUGAGAGACCUGUGCAGCCGGGUUCCCACUUGGGCCCCGCUCCGAGGCUGGCCCCUGGAGCUCCUCUGCGAGAAGUCGAUCGGAACGGCGAACAGACCCAUGGGCGCUGGAGAGGCCCUGCGCAGAGUGCUGGAGUGCCUGGCGUCGGGCAUCGUCAUGCCAGAUGGUUCUGGCAUUUAUGACCCUUGUGAAAAAGAAGCCACUGAUGCUAUUGGGCAUCUAGACAGACAGCAACGGGAAGAUAUCACACAGAGUGCUCAGCACGCCCUGCGGCUCGCUGCUUUUGGCCAACUUCACAAAGUUCUGGGCAUGGACCCCCUGCCUUCCAAGAUGCCCAAGAAACCAAAGAACGAAAAUCCUGUGGACUACACGGUCCAAAUUCCCCCCAGCACCACCUAUGCCAUCGCCCCAAUGAAACGUCCCAUGGAGGAGGACGCGGAAGAGAAGUCACCCAGCAAGAAAAAGAAGAAGAUUCAGAAGAAAGAGGAGAAGUCAGAGCCGCCUCAGGCGAUGAAUGCCCUGAUGAGAUUGAACCAGCUGAAACCCGGGCUGCAGUACAAACUGGUUUCCCAGACCGGCCCCGUCCACGCCCCUGUCUUCACCAUGUCCGUAGAAGUGGACGGCAGCACUUUUGAGGCUUCUGGGCCCUCCAAAAAGACCGCCAAGCUCCACGUGGCUGUCAAGGUGCUGCAGGACAUGGGCCUGCCCACAGGCGUGGAAGGCAAAGAGGUGAGCAAAGGCGAAGACUCGGCCGAGGAAAACGAGCAGAAACCUGUCAUCAUGGCUCCUCCGCCUGUCGUGGAGGCGUCGACAGCUCCCAAUGCUGCCUCCCCCCCGGCAGAUCAGGCCUCUGAGAACGUCAAGCAGCAGGGCCCGAUCCUGACGAAGCACGGCAAGAACCCCGUGAUGGAACUGAACGAAAAGAGGCGGGGGCUGAAGUAUGAGCUGAUCUCCGAGACGGGCGGCAGCCACGACAAGUGCUUCGUCAUGGAGGUUGAAGUUGAUGGGCAGAAGUUUCAAGGUGCUGGCUCAAACAAGAAGGUGGCCAAGGCCUACGCUGCCCUUGCGGCCUUGGAGAAACUCUUCCCUGACGCCCCCGUGGCCCUCGAGGCCAACAAGAAGAAGCGGACGCCUGUCCCCAUCCGGGGCGGGGCCAAGUUUGCUUCCAAGCAACACAGUCCCGGCUAUGGAAUGGGCGGGCCCAUGCACAACGAGGUGCCCCCUCCCCCCAACAUCCGGGGCCGGGGCCGAGGCGGGAACCUCCGGGGCCGGGGCCGGGGCCGAGGUGGAUACGGAGGUGGCAACCACGGAGGCUACAUGAACGCCGGAACCGGGUAUGGGAGCUAUGGCUAUGGUGGUAAUUCAGCAACAGCCGGCUACAGCCAGUUCUACAGCAACGGCGGCCACUCCGGCAACGGUGGGGGCGGGGGCGGCGGCAACCCCGGUUACGGUUCCUACUACCAGGGCGAUAACUACACCUCCCCCGCGCCCCCAAAGCAUGGUGGCAAGAAGCAGCAGAAACCCUCCUAUGGUUCUGGGUACCAGUCCCACCAGGGACAGCAACAGCAGCAGCAGCAGCAGCAGCCGCCGCCACCGUCCUACAACCAGAACCAGUACGGCAACUACGGCCCGCCGCAGGGCAAACAGAAAGGAGGUUACAGCCAUGGGCAAGGCAGCGGCGGCUACUCCUCGUACUCCAACUCCUACAGCUCCCCCGGCGGAGGCGGGGGCGGAUCCGACUACGGCUACGAGAGCAGCAAAUUCAGCUACGGCGGCGGACGCGGCGGCGGCGGCGGGGGGAAUAACUAUGGCUCGGGGGGCUCGUCGUACAACAGUGGCUCUCACGGCGGCUAUGGCGGCAGCUCCGGGGGUGGGGGCUCCUCCUACCAAGGCAAACAAGGUGGCUACUCUUCUCAGUCUAACUACAACUCUCCGGGGUCCGGACAGAAUUACAGCGGACCCCCCAACUCCUACCAGUCCUCGCAAGGCGGUUACGGGCGAAACGAUCACAGCAUGAACUACCAGUACAGAUAAACUUCUUUCCGCUCUGUUCCUCCUCACCCUCCAACGCCCACCCUGCGCCCAUGUGACUUUUGUUACCUCCCACACCUGCCCAGCCCCCUCCUUCGAGUAUUCAGUUUUACUGCAUCACUGUUAACAUGUCAACUCCCUCUCCCCCCAGCCCUCCGCCAGGUUUAUGUUGGCGUGCCCCAUCGCUCUAGUGGAAGUUCCCCGUAAUUCCCAUUACUUAGAUGUGUUCUUGGACCUCUGUGUAUUGAAUGGUUCGUUCAUUGCCAUUACCAGUUUGUCUGGUUGGGGUUUUCUUUUUUUGUUGUCGUCGUCGUUUGCUUUGGAGGUGGGCCGGGGUUGGGGGGGGGGGGGCGGUCGGGGUGGGGGGAGAGGCAGAAACUCUGGAGGCGUUGGGUCUGCCAGGAGCUGGAGGGCACCUAGUCUCCCACCCACCUAUUUAAACUUGGUGUUUGUGCUUCCUCGGUUCAGUCUUUGAAUAGAGGGGGGGAGGGGGGGUUACGUCAUCCCGUUUGAUGCUUUUUUGUGAAGUGAGUUUAAACGAGCUUUUCUGUAUUUUAAUGCUUUAGUGUUUCCGUUUUAUAAGUGAAGAUUUUAUUUUAAAAACCAGUGGGAAAGAGUGGGGAUUUUCUUUUUUUUUGUAUGUCUGGGUCAUUCAGGCAGCACAUCUGGAUUCAGCUGAAUGUAGAUGAAUAAAGGAAAAAAAACC